GGGCUAACGAGUAUCAAUGAUUUAAACUCAAGGGGGGUUUAGGGUUUAGGACUUGCCCUUCAACCCUCUCAAUUGUCAUUCCUAUUGUACGCCAAUACCCUACCCUCAACGCUCAGUAACCAGAUUUUCUCGUCUUCCGCUAAAAAAUUUGUUUUGAGUAUUAAUUUGGUGUUGGGAUAAUGGGUAGUAAGAAAAGAGGGAUAAGUUCUGUUGAGGAAGUAGCUGUAGAUGGCGAAAAUGUCAAUGAUGAUGUAAAGGAAAAUGAGCCGGAAGCUAAAGAUGGGGGUGAUGCUGAUGCCCCUUCAACUUCAGAUUCGAUUCCAAGUUCGACUAAGCCCAUGGAGAGGAAAAAAAAGAGGAAAAUGUUGGAUAAGGAAAGACAUCGUAUUGCUUCCGAAAGCAAGGAAUCUAAGCCGUCUCAAGACGUGCCCGUACUGAAAACUGAGGACUUGGAAACUACAAGUAGUAGCAGCAACAGUCAGCCUGUAUUUCAUAUCAGUGUUUUUAGUGAAUUGGCUUCUGUUGAUGGCUCGAAAAGAGAAGCAGCUGCUGAGAGAUUGGCUAUCGAGUUGCUUCAAGUACAGGAAGCUUAUGAACGGAAUGGAAGUAAGGAUCCUGUUCAAGGUGAGAAUCAAUUGGAAGCUGCAAAGGAUGAUGGCCUAGAUAACUGUGCACCAUCAGUAAGAUAUGCUGUGAGAAGGCUUAUCCGUGGCGUGUCUUCUUCCAGACAGUGUGCAAGACAGGGAUUUGCUUUAGGGUUGUCUAUCUUGGUCCAUGUAAAUUCUGCGAUAAGAAUUGAUUCUUUGCUGAAGUUGACUUGUGAUUCCUUAGAGGUUACUUCAUCAAUGAAAGGCCAGGAGGCUAGAGAUUGUCUUUUAGGUCGUCUUUUUGCCUAUGGUGCCCUUGCAAAAUCAGAGAGACUUAAAGAAGCAUGGACAUCUGAUAAAAAUACUCCAUACGUCAAAGCAUUCACAUGUGAUCUUAUCACCUUAGCGUCCAAGAAACGAUACCUGCAAGAGCCUGCUGUUUCAGUACUUCUAAACUUAAUUGAGACGUUACCCAAAGAAGCUGUUGUAAACCAUGUACUUGAUGCUCCAGGACUUCGUGAGUGGUUUGAAGGAGCUGCUGGUGUUGGAAACCCAGAUGCCCUUCUUUUAGCCCUUAAAAUCCGGCAAAAAAUUGCUACUGAUGUUAUUCUUUUUGGUAACCUUUUGCCUCACCCAUUCAGUGCAAGCCGAUUUUUCACUGUUGACCAAUUGACUUUAGUUACGAAUUGCUUAAAGGAAUCUACAUUUUGUCAACCCCAAGUUCAUGGUAUAUGGCCUCAUCUGGUCAACAUGCUUUUACCAGAUACAGUUAUGCAAGAGGCUAAUUCAUCUUCUAGUUUAAGUUCCACAAAAAAGAACAAAAAGAGCCGCAGAUUGAGCUCUUCUGAUGAAGAUGUUUCAGAGAGUCUGAAAUGUUUUUGUGAGGUGAUUCUUGAAGGAUGCCUAUUAACUUCAUCCCAUGACCGAAAACACUUGGCUUUUAGUGUUUUGCUUUUAAUGCUUCCAAGGCUCCCAGCUUCACAUAUCCCCAUUGUUCUCUCCAACAAGUUUGUGCAGUGCCUCAUGGAUAUAUUGGCCACUAAGGAUUCUUGGCUGCAUAAAGUUGCAGAACAUUUUCUUAAAGAAUUGUUGGACUGGGUUGGCUCUGAUGAUGUUAAAAGAGUGUUUGUGAUUGUUUCUUUGCAGAAGCACAGUGGUGGGAGGUUUGAUUCUAUCACUCGAAGCAAAACUAUUAAAAAUCUUAUGGCAGGUUUCUCUACAGAGUCUGGUUGUAUGCUUUUUAUGCAAAGAUUGACUAGCAUGUUUGUUGAUGAAGAUCAUGCCUCUGAUGAACCAUCGGAUCAGAGCCAAACCACAGAUGAGAAUGCUGAGACAAAUUCAAUUGAGGAAAAGGAAUCUGCUGAAAAGUCUACUUUUGCUGAUCUUUUGAAAAGUUGGAUUGUGGAGUCACUCCCAAGCCUUUUGAAGUAUUUAACACUGAACCCUGAAGCAAAACUCAGGGUGCAGAAAGAAGUCAUGAAGUUCCUAGCUGUUCAAGGUCUGUUUUCUGCAUCUCUUGGUACAGAAGUGACAUCUUUUGAACUACAAGAGAAGUUUACGUGGCCCAAAACACCCAUCUCAAGUGCUCUUUGCAAGAUGUGUAUUGAUCAGCUUCAGUCCCUACUUUCUAAUGUUCAAAAAGCUGAAGGACCUCAUGCUUUGAAAAAUGGACUUGAAACAAAUGACCUCGGCUCUUAUUUUAUGCGAUUUUUAGGUACAUUGUGCACUAUUCCUUCUGUUUCCCUUGUUAGGUCCUUGAGUAUUGAGGAUGAGAAGGCAUUUAAAAAAUUGCAAGCAUUGGAAUCAAGGCUUUCUAGAGAGGAGAGAAAUUGUGGGCUCAGUGCAGAUGCAAACAAAUUACAUGCAUUGAGGUAUUUAGUCAUUCAAUUGCUGCUUCAACUUCUCCUGAGGCCCGGUGAAUACACAGAAGCAGCGUCUGAACUUAUGAUUUGUUGUCGGAAAGCAUUUUCUGUUCAUGAUCUUCUUGAGUCUUCUGAAGAGGAUGAAUCAGAAGAUGCUGCGUCACCUGAAUUAAUGGAUGUUUUGGUUGAUACAUUGUUGUCGCUGUUGCCUCAAUCAUCAGCUCCUCUGAGGUCUGCUGUUGAGCAGGUUUUUAAAUACUUUUGCAAUGAUAUUACUGAUGAUGGGUUGCUCCGGAUGCUACGGGUGAUCAAGAAAGAUCUAAAGCCAGCUAGGCGUAAAGAUGCUGACAAUGAAGAUGGUAGUGAUGAUGAUGAUGAUGAUGAUCUUCUAGACAUAGAAGAAGCAGAAGAAUCUGAUGAAGCUGAUACUGGUGAAACUGGUGCUGUGAUUAAUGAUUCUGAGACCGCAAUUACAUCUGAUGGACCAGAUGAUGAAAUGCAUGAUACUUCUGAUUCAGAUGAUGAUUCAGAUGAAGACAUGGAUGAUGAUGCCAUGUUCCGAAUGGAUUCUUAUCUUGCGAAGAUUUUCCAGGAACGGAAGAGCCAAGCUGGGGCUGACUCUGCUCACGCCCAGCUUGUUCUAUUCAAACUACGUGUACUUUCACUGCUAGAAAUCUAUCUUCACGAGAAUCCAGGUUCAUCAAGGGUUUUAACUGUAUAUUCAAACUUGGUACAAGCAUUGGUCAAUCCCAGUACAACUGAAGGUAGUGAGCAGCUUGCACAACGAAUAUGGGGGAUUUUACAAAAGAAGAUAUUCAAGGCCAAAGACUAUCCCAAGUCGGAUGAUCUUCAACUCAGUGCCUUGGAAUCUCUCCUCGAAAAGAGCCUUCGACUGGCUUCUCGACCAUUCCGGAAGAAGAGAAGCUCAAGUCGUCCGCCUCAAAAAAAGCAAUCGAUCUCCUGGAAUCGCUAUAAGAUGAUUCUUUCCCUUGCUCAACAAUCGACAUAUUGGCUCUUAAAGAUUACCGAGGGAAGAAAAUUCCCCGAGUCAGAACUCACCAAGGUUGAUGAAAUUUUUAAGGAUGCCCUAGUAAAAUACUUUGAAACAAAGAAAUCCCAACUGAAGCCCGAGUUUUUGAAAGAAGUAUUCAAAAGAAGACCAUGGGUUGGGCAUCAUAUCUUCGACUUUCUCAUUGAAAAAUGUGUGGAUGCGAAAUUCGAUUACCGACGAGUUGAAGCACUCGAUCUAGUGUCAGAAAUCUUGAAGUCACUCCUCGUUGAUAGCACACCCGAGGCAUCAAAGACCGUCUUGAAGGCUCACCUUCAUAAAAUUUGUCAAUUGAUGAAGCAUUUGGCUACCCACAUGCCAGACAAACAGUCAAGACGAGCAGAUGUAAGGAAGUUUUGUGGUAAGUUCUUUCAGAUUAUAUCAUCACACAAAUUAUCUCAAUCAUUUCUCAAUAAAUUAGAUCCUGAUGCUCUUGCUGCUUGUGAGUCGCAAUUUGGUGAAUUGUUUCUUGCAUUGAAGAAAACGAAAAAAUGAGAAGCCGUCUCAUUCCAAUUUUUGGUGCUAAAUGCUUGUAGUUGUCGACUUAAUCUAUGUACUUCAAAUUCUAUUACUUUCUAGCAUACAAGAAAUUAGAGAUCCCAUUUUCCUCUUUUUUUUUUUUUUUUUUUUUUUUUUUUUUUUUUUCCCGAAAAUUCGAGAUUUUUUUUGGUAGCUCAUGAUAUAAGAUAUUGCCGGGUGUAAGUUAUGACCUAAAUAUUUGAAUAUUAUUAUUAUGAUUAGCGUUUGAAAAUUAAAAUGCAUAAAUGUUGGCAUUAUUUGACAUAAAUUUCAUGGUGUUGUUUACUUUGAAUUACUACCCAAAUAUUUUGGAUUUUUAUAAUGAAAGAGAUGAUUAAGUUGCAGCUCAUUGACGAGGUAAAUUGAGCAAGAUGGUGAUGUUUUCCAGUAAUUGAAAUAUUUAUUUUUAUAAUCUUUCUUUUGUUCUUGUAUGGUAAUUUUUUGAGGGAAGAUCAAAUUAGGUGACAAUCGAAUUUAAUACGUUUUUUGAAGAUUAAUACUUUUCUUUUAACUGAAACAAGUUUCGUUUCUCGUAGAAAAAUGUUGUUUAUACUAAUCUCGGUUGAUUACUUAAAAGGGCUUUCAUGUUGUCUUUAAAUUUGUAUUUAAGUUUUUGUG